AUGGCCGAAUUGGAGGAAAAAGAAUGUUCGGCAGUACUGGAUAAGGGGUGCCCCAGGAAGAAGGGUGACCCCGGUGCAUUUAUAGUACCAUGUGCGGUAAAAGAUCUUACCUUUGAUAAUGCACUUGUCGACCUAGGUAGUUCGAUAAAUGUUAUGCCUUCCUUUAUGUUUGAUAGACUGAUCAUGCCACCAUUGACUCCUACUGGUAUGACCUUCCGACUAGCCGAUGGAUCCAUUCGUUAUCCGAAGGGCAUCGUGGAGGAUGUACUAGUAAGAAUCAAGGACUUUAUAAUCCCAGUUGAUUUUGUAGUGCUAGACGUGGGACAUGACAAUUUGGACGUGCCGCUAAUCUUCGAAAGACCAUUUUUGGCAACCUGUCGAGCUAUUAUAGACGUAGGGAUGGGCAAGCUCACAUUGCGCGUCGAAAAUGAGGAAGCCAAAUUUGGCAUGACUACGGAUGAAACCCACGAACAUGAAAGGAAAGAAUAA